AUGGUCGCGCCUGGCAAGUGGGCCGUUGUUACGGGAGCCAAUCGCGGCCUGGGCUUUGAUGUUGCCAAGCAGCUGGCCGCAUCCGGUCGUUCUGUGAUCAUCACCUCACGAGACAAGGCUGCCGGCGCCGCUGCCGCCCAGGCUCUGUCCGAGGCCGCGGCUCCGGGUGCCAGGGUGGUGGUCCUCCAGCUGGAGGCCAGCAGCCCUGACAGCAUCAGGGCGCUGGCGGCCGAGGUCCAGGCCGAGUACGAGGGCCAGGUCGACCUGCUGGUGGGCGGCUGGGAUCGGUGGGAUCGGAUCAACAACGCGGGCAUGACAGUGGACGGCAUUUCAGCAGCAGACCACGAGGCCACCCUCAAGACCAAUCUUGAUGGCGCCAUCGACAUCACACUGGCGCUGCUGCUGCACCUGGCUCAGGGCGCGAGGGUCGUCCAGGUCGCAUCACGGAGGGGCAUGCUGAGCACAGUGGGCCCGGGCUAUGGCGAACGGAUCAAGGCCGCCGCCACCCUGGAUGAAGUCAGGGCCGCAGCCCACAGGUUUGACCCCGAUCACCUGGCCCAAGGUCCUGCCACAGGGCAGUCAUACGCCGUGUCCAAGGCAGCGCUCAUCAGGGCAACCCAGCUAAUGGCGGAGAGCCCACACUUCAAAGCUAGGGACAUCUCAGUAGUGGCGGUUGCACCUGGGUGGUGGUGCCAAGGGGCGCGCUCCAUCCUCCUGGCAUCAGAAGACAACAUCCCCAACGGCAGCUUCAGCUACGACGGCAAGCUCCUGGACUGGACCUCCAAGUGA